GUCAUUUUGUUCCAGAAUAAUCUUAUACAACAGGGUUUUAUUGUAAAAAUAUUUCCUGAAUUAGAUAUGGUGGCGAGAAAGCUGAAUUUACAAAUAAGGAGCCUCAGGGUAGGUCAGUUAAAAUAGAAUUACACAAUAUACUGACCACUAUAGGCUAUAUCAUUUUUAGUCGAUUGGUUGUUUUAGUGGUCUAUUUUGUAACGCGGGGUUGUACUGUUUCACUUCCAUACUCAUCUGUUGUCAUGUCUUCGUUUCGUGCUGCUGGACUGGUUGCACGGCAGUUGUCCAAUAGAAAUCCAUGUGUAUUUAAACAACUUGGAUGCCGAUGGCUAUCCACUUCAUCUACCUUAAAAGCUGGAGCCCCAGAAUUCUCCAGUAUUUUAGAGGAACGCAUUUUAGGACAAACAUUACAAACAAACUUGGAGGAAACUGGACGUGUCCUGAGUAUCGGUGAUGGGAUCGCACGUGUCUAUGGUCUGAAAAAUAUACAAGCGGAAGAGAUGGUGGAAUUCUCGUCUGGAUUAAAGGGUAUGGCUCUAAAUUUGGAGCCUGACAAUGUUGGUGUGGUCGUUUUCGGGAAUGACAAGCUAAUCCGUGAAGGAGAUAUUGUUAAGCGGGCAGGGGCCAUUGUUGACGUGCCUGUCGGAGUAGAGCUACUUGGUCGGGUAGUUGAUGCCUUAGGUAAUCCAAUCGAUGGAGCAGGUGCUAUCAAUACGAAAACAAGACAGCGUGUUGGAGUUAAAGCUCCAGGUAUCAUACCACGUAUUUCUGUUCGUGAACCGAUGCAAACUGGAAUUAAGGCUGUUGAUAGUCUCGUUCCCAUUGGCCGUGGUCAGCGUGAACUAAUCAUCGGAGACCGUCAGACAGGUAAAACGGCUAUUGCAGUCGAUACUAUUAUUAAUCAAAAGCGUUUCAACGACGCAGCUGAUGAAAAGAAGAAGUUGUACUGUAUCUAUGUUGCCAUCGGACAAAAACGUUCAACAGUUGCGCAACUAGUCAAACGUUUGACGGAUGCAGAUGCUAUAAAAUACACAAUCAUUGUGUCCGCAACAGCAUCUGAUGCAGCUCCGCUUCAGUACUUGGCUCCAUACGCAGGGUGUGCGAUGGGAGAAUAUUUUCGUGAUAAUGGAAAGCAUGCAUUAAUAAUUUAUGACGAUCUAUCUAAACAGGCUGUUGCCUAUCGACAAAUGUCACUUCUGUUACGAAGACCUCCGGGGAGAGAAGCUUAUCCUGGUGAUGUGUUUUACUUGCACUCUCGAUUACUGGAAAGAGCUGCUAAGAUGAAUGAUUCCUAUGGAGGCGGUUCACUAACAGCCCUUCCAGUCAUUGAGACUCAGGCUGGUGAUGUAUCUGCAUACAUUCCAACGAACGUUAUCUCUAUAACUGAUGGGCAGAUUUUCUUGGAGACUGAGUUAUUCCAUAAAAGUAUAAGACCUGCUAUCAAUGUUGGUCUUUCUGUUAGUCGUGUUGGGUCUGCUGCACAAACUAAAGCUAUGAAACAAGUUGCUGGUCGCAUGAAACUAGAGUUAGCUCAAUAUCGAGAAGUAGCUGCUUUUGCUCAAUUUGGUUCUGACUUGGAUGCAUCUACUCAAUCGUUGCUAAACCGGGGUGUUCGUUUAACGGAACUCUUGAAACAAAAUCAAUAUGCUCCAAUGGCAAUUGAACAACAGGUUGUUGUAAUAUACGCUGGUGUUAGGGGACAUUUGGAUAAGUUGGACCCAUCAAAGAUUAUCCACUUUGAGAAAGAUUUUCUUAAGUUUGUCCUAGCAAAUCAUCAAGAUCUCCUAAAGACCAUUCGUGAAGAUGGAGAAUUAAAGCCAGCAACUGAUGAAAAACUGAAAAAGAUUGUAGUCGAUUUCUUGGCUGGGUAUCAAGUGUCUCCAUAGACAAUCAAAUAAAGUAUGCAACUAUGGUAGUAUCUUUUCAUAGGAUUGGCGAGCUCAAUAAUGUUAUUUGCAGAUUUCCAUCACCAGUUCUUUGUACUUAGUCUUAUCAAUAAUAAAAUUACCUUGAAAGAAAAGUGCUUCAGCUGUUUAUUUUUGUAUGGUGUGUAAAUUUGGAAACGCAACAAUCGAUCGGUAUAUUUGAAUGUGCUCCACUCGAUGUAUGGUUAUAAAUGUUUUAUUAACAAUUAGUCUAGCAUUUGUACUAUUAUUAGUAAAUGACCGUAUAAGGAUGAUUUAUAUUGACGAAGUCCUCAUUGCCAAUUCUUAGGAAUAGAGAUAUGAACCGUGUUCUUUUAUGUAGUGAUACCAGUGAAUUGUAUCGACUGAAUGUUCUCGCAACUAUGGUACUGCAUGGAGGUUUAAAAUGUUAGUGGGAGCUCUGUACUCAAACGAAUCCCCCUGUCUAUGCAUUACCCAGUGGGUGGAAUGCCGGAAAUUCUUCAUGAGCAAAAUAUAAAUGCGUAUUAAAUAAACGUCCGACAUUUGUCAAAUUCCUGUUGUGUUGUUGGUACUUCUGAUUACUUACAAAUUUGGAAAGCAG